AUUGUACUGAGCUUUCAAAUAAGCUCCUGGAAUCACAGUCACAGCGAACUGAUUUCACAAGAAUUAACAGGACUUUGACAGACAAGUGGCCCGAAUCCACCUCCACACUGAAACUGAAAGCAGUUUUGAAUGAGGAAACUCUGAGGGUGAAAUGGCUUCUCAACACCAGACUGACAGUCUGACCGAGGAGUUAAUUUGUCCGGUUUGUCUGGAUCUCUUUACUGAUCCCGUUAUCCUGGAUUGUAGCCACAGCUUCUGCCGCUCCUGUAUCACACGGUGCUGGGAAAAGCCGGGGCCGAGCUCCUGUCCUGUGUGUCAGGAGACUUUCCUGGAAAGGAACCUCAGGGUCAGUCGGGCCCUGGGGAAUCUGUCAGAGAAAGCUCGGGAAUUGAAGCUGACCCCGAACGUGACGGGAAUUAAACGUCGCUGUGAGAAACACCAGAAACAACUGAGGCUGUUCUGUGAAACUGACAAGAAGUUGAUCUGUUCCAUCUGUAGAGAUGCACAGGAACACAGAGAUCACAGCUUCCUGCCCAUUGACGAAGCUGCUGAAAUCUACAAGGAUAAAGUGAACUCCUCCUUAGCUUCUCUCACACAGAGGAAGGCCGCGGCUCUGGAAGCUGAAGGGAAACAGAAAGAAAAGAUUUCACAAGUGAAGAAACAGGCGGACAAUCUGCAGAACCACAUCACGGCUCAGUUUGCCAAAAUGCACCAGAGCCUCACUGACAGAGAGCAGCGUGUGAUCCGAGAGCUCAGAGAGCGAGAGGAGGAGAUUUUACACCGAAUGGAGAAAAAUCUGCGAGAGAUUCAGGACAAAUUAGCUUCUGUUCAGCAAAAGCUCUCAGAGUUACAGAAACAGAUGGAAAAAGACGCGCUCACCUUUCUGCAGGAAGAAGAAGAAGCUCGGAAUGGAAGGAUCAGUGAUGAGGCUCUUACACUGUCACUAUCUGAGGGGGAUCUGCCUGUGGGGAUGUUUGAAUGGCUUAUACAGUACACAGUCUGGAGAGACACGAGACACAGCAUCAGCCCAGCUCCGGCCGCUCUGACUCUGGAUCCUGACACAGCCCAUCCCUCGCUCAUCGUGUCUGAGGACCUGACCAGCGUGAGAGAUGGAGACGAAUGGCAGCCGGUCCCUGACACCCCGAAGAGGUUUAGUAAAUCUCUCAUCGUCCUGGGAUCUGAGGGCUUCACAUCAGGGAGACAUUACUGGGAGGUGCAGGUGGGCAACAAGACUGCGUGGACUGUGGGAGUGACCAGAGAGUCUGUCAACAGGAAACAACCAAUCAAGUGGUCAACAGAGGGUGGGGUCUGGGGGGUGGGGCUGGUGGGUGGGGGCUAUUGUGCUAUGACCUCCCCUCCCACCCGCCUGCCCCUGACAGUGGGACCCGGGAAAAUCGGGGUGUACCUGGACUAUGAGGGGGGACAGGUGUCAUUUUACAACGCUGACAACAUGUCUCAUCUCCACACUUCCACCCAAACUUUCACUGAGAAACUUUAUCCUUACCUGUGUCCCUGUGUUAAUGACGACGGGAAAAACUCGGAGCCGCUGAGAAUGUGCCAGUUAUAACACAUUGACAGUGAUGUGGUUUUACCUCGCUUUCCGUGUGAUUCACUGACUGUUGUUUAAGGGAAUACAGUGGGGUGGGGGGGGAUGAGGUGGGGGGGGUGAAUUUCGGGAGAAGAUCGCAAGCUCUGCCAUGAUUAUGAGUCCAGAAGAGUAUGAGAAAGCAGAAAGUGAACUGACUGUAUGUUUUGCGGGUGAAACACGGCAGCCAAUUGCAUAUACAGCAUCCCACACAGUUGUGGAUAAAGUGAUCAAAUUUUUUUUGGAAGGAAUUAUUACCCCCUCGGAACAGCCACCUGCCAAUCUGUAGCUCGUGUCUCAGUGAAAUACCUCGGGGACCAGCUCUCUGAUCUAUAGACUCUGAGCGUCAAGUUACUGUCAGUUUGUGUCUGGAUCGUACCCAGUGUGUAAACUUUGCUCACAAUAAAGUGUCUGAUACAACUUCAA